CAUAUAUAUAUUCGUCGUCUUCAAUCACCCAACAUGGAGUAGAGAAAGAAAAUGUUAGGGUUCUUACUAAGAAGUGCAAAAUCGACCUCCAUAUCGUCGCCAUGUCGAUGGCCUUCAUCAAUCAGAGCCAUCAGUAUGAUGUCGUCUUCGAGCAUUCGGGAUUUCAGCUCCCAGUCACAAGGGCAUAAUGUCCUCCGCGAUGGUGUUGACCGGGCCUCCGAUUCAUUUAUUCGAAACUCUACUGAAAUGGAGUCCCUUAUUUCUCAACUUCACUCUCGUAUCCAUCAGGUUACAGAAGGAGGAGGAGCAGCAGCUAUAAAGAGGCAUAAAAGUAGGAACAAACUACUUCCAAGGGAGAGAAUCGAUUACUUACUUGAUUCAUCUUCUUCGUUUCUUGAGCUUUCCCAGCUUGCAGGCCACGAGCUUUAUGAAGAACCUCUUCCUUGUGGCGGUAUUGUCACUGGGAUAGGACCAGUGCAUGGAAGGCUUUGUAUGUUUAUUGCAAAUGAUGCAACAGUCAAAGGAGGAACAUACUAUCCAAUUACUGUUAAAAAACAUCUCCGAGCUCAGGAGAUUGCAGCUCAAUGCAAACUACCAUGCAUAUAUCUUGUUGACAGUGGUGGUGCUUUUCUUCCAAAACAGGCUGAGGUUUUUCCUGACAAAGAGAAUUUUGGUAGAAUUUUCUAUAACCAGGCCGUCAUGUCUUCAGAAGGUAUUCCUCAAAUUGCAUUGGUAUUGGGUUCUUGCACAGCAGGUGGGGCCUACAUACCCGCAAUGGCUGAUGAAAGCGUCAUGGUCAAAGGAAACGGUACCAUAUUCCUAGCAGGACCACCACUCGUGAAGGCUGCUACAGGGGAGGAAGUAUCUUCUGAAGAUUUAGGGGGUGCAGAUGUACAUUGCAAGAUAUCAGGUGUUUCAGACUAUUUCGCACAAGAUGAACUGCAUGCACUCUCUAUAGGAAGGAAUAUUGUCAAGAACUUGCACAUGGCUGGGAAUGAAGGGAUGAUGGAUGGUUUGAGAGGCAUAAUUUCUGAUUACAAAGAGCCACUCUAUGAUGUUAAGGAGCUCCGUCUAAUCGCGCCGACUGAUCUGAAGCAGUCAUUUGAUAUUCGAUCAAUUAUUGCUCGCAUAGUUGAUGGAAGUGAAUUCGAUGAAUUCAAACAAUUGUAUGGCACUACCCUUGUAACAGGCUUUGCUAGAAUUCUUGGACAGCCUGUUGGAAUCAUUGGAAACAACGGGAUAUUAUUUAACGAAUCUGCUCUUAAAGGAUCCCACUUUAUCGAGUUAUGCUGUCAACGUAAUAUUCCUUUGGUGUUCCUUCAAAAUAUUACAGGAUUCAUGGUUGGAUCAAAAUCAGAGGCCAGUGGUAUAGCAAAAGCUGGAGCAAAGAUGGUGAUGGCUGUUUCUUGUGCAAAGGUACCGAAAAUUACUAUUGUUGUUGGUGGAAGCUUUGGUGCUGGAAAUUAUGCAAUGUGUGGGCGUGCUUACAGUCCAAACUUCAUGUUCUUUUGGCCAAAUGCGAGAAUAGGAGUUAUGGGUGGUGCUCAGGCGGCUGGGGUGAUGUCCGAGAUAGAAAAGAACAAGAAACAAAAAGAGGGAAUCCAGUGGUCAAAGGAAGACGAAGAGAAAAGCAAGGCCAAAUAUGUGGAGGCAUACGAUAAAGAAAGCAGUGCGUAUUAUUCGACAGCAAGACUAUGGGAUGAUGGCAUUAUUGAUCCUGCCGACACUCGCAAAAUCCUCGGACUCUGCAUCUCAGCUUCGCAGAACCGGCCCUCUCAACCCACCCGAUUCGGUGUUUUUAGAAUGUAAACAAACAAACAAAAAUAGCAGCUUGGAAUUUGAUAUUUUCCAUGCUUCAGUUUAUAUGACAAACCAACUACCAACUCA